AUGGCUUCUGAAGCUGUUGUUCAAAAGUCUACUACUACUGAUAUUGACUUAUAUACUAAACUUAAGGAACUUGAACGACAGUUAGAAUUAUGCGAGAUUCAAGAAAAUUAUAUUAAAGAGGAGCAUAAGAACUUGAAACUUGAGCUUAUCAGAGCCAGGAAUGAAAUCAAACGUAUUCAAAGCGUCCCUUUGGUAAUUGGCCAAUUUUUGGACAUUAUAGACAAAAAUUACGGAAUUGUAUCCUCAACUGCAGGAUCUAACUAUUAUGUUCGCAUUCUUUCAACCAUUAACAGGGAAUUGCUAACACCUAACACUAGUGUUGCAUUACAUAGGCAUAGUCAUAGCGUUGUCGAUAUUUUGCCGCCAGAAGCAGAUUCUUCCAUCCAAAUGUUACAAGUUUCUGAAAAACCGGAUGUAACUUACGCGGACAUUGGAGGAAUGGAUUCCCAAAAGCAGGAAAUAAAAGAAGCAGUAGAACUUCCCCUAACUUGUCCAUCACUUUAUAAGCAAAUCGGGAUAGACCCUCCAGUUGGUGUUUUAUUAUAUGGUCCUCCUGGGACCGGGAAAACUAUGUUGGCGAAGGCAGUUGCACACCACACCGACGCAACUUUUAUACGUUUUGUUGGUUCUGAAUUCGUUCAAAAGUACCUGGGUGAAGGACCCAGAAUGGUGAGAGAUAUCUUCAGAUUGGCCAGAGAGAACGCUCCUAGCAUUUUAUUCAUCGAUGAAGUAGAUGCGAUCGCAACAAAGAGAUUUGAUGCACAAACAGGUGCAGAUAGGGAAGUGCAGAGGAUCCUUUUAGAGCUUCUUAACCAGAUGGAUGGGUUUGAUCAAAAUGCCUCAGUAAAGGUGAUUAUGGCAACGAACAGAGCAGAUACACUUGAUCCUGCACUUUUAAGACCAGGGAGACUUGACAGAAAAAUAGAAUUCCCACUUCCAGAUAGAAGACAAAGAAGAUUAAUUUUUCAAACAAUUACCAGUAAAAUGAAUUUAUCAAACGAUAUUGAUCUAGAAACAUUUGUUGCAAGACCAGAGAAGAUAUCAGCAGCCGACAUAGCUGCCAUUUGUCUAGAGGCUGGCUUACAGGCAAUUAGAAAGAAUAGAUACGUCGUGACUACCAAAGAUUUUGAACAGGGCUGGAAGCGAAUCGUUAAAAAACACGACCAGGAUCACCCGUUUUAUGGAGUUUAA